CAAAGAACGAAAGCCGGCAACACUGGAAGAGAACACGCCUGAAGGAUCAUGAUGGAGACCAUCAAGAUUGGAAUUGGCCUGGUGGGGUUCGGUUUAUUUUUUUUGCUGUUUGGUGUCUUGCUGUACUUUGACUCAGUCUUGCUGGCCUUUGGGAAUAUUUUGUUUUUGACAGGCUUAACGUUCAUCAUCGGCCUGAGGAGGACCGCUUACUUCUUUUUCCAAAAACAGAAGUUUAAAAGCUCUUUCUUCUUCCUGGGAGGCGUGUCGCUGGUGCUCCUCCGCUGGCCCGUCAUCGGCAUGCUGCUCGAGACUUACGGCUUCAUCCUUUUAUUCAGGUCUUUCUUCCCGAUGGCCGCGGGGUUCGUCUUGUCAGCCGUGAACAUCCCGUUCCUCAACGAGUUCAUGCAGAGUAACACCAACAUGGUGUAAGAGGCCGUUCGGUCACCGGGUGGCGGAAUUUAACAAGGCUGCGUGACAGUUUUUCGAUAUAGUUCUAGAGAGGACUCAAAUUGACAGUAGGUUGGAAAAGGAGCGCAUUUUUUAUUUUUAUUUUAUUUCUUGAGCCAUAUGCAGGGUCAAAUGGGACAGAACCAAAUAAAUGAAUAUUUAUUUGAAUAAUGACUUUAAUGUGUCGAUAGUUCAUUCAAAUUUGAGUCAUUGGUUAAUAUAUUUAUCUAAUUCGUCUAAUUAAUUAUUGUGAUGGUUGAUUUUUUAAAAUAUUAUUUUACAGAUACUAUUUAGUUAAAUUAAAUCCCCUUUAGCUUCAGACCAAAGCAAUCAUUGGAGGAGAUUCCGGUUAGCGCCACGUGCUGACUUUAUUGGGUGAUUUUGUUAUAAUUAAUCAUAUGUAAUAAUUCAUAGAAAUCAUGAAGUCAUUUAUUAAAUAUCAAAAUAU